AUGACGAUACAUUGCAUAGGUCACCGCGAUUCGCACGAGGGCAACAAACCUCACAUUUGCCAUUACGAGUUCUGCGGGAAGGCCUUCGUCAGAAAACACGACCUUACGCGGCACAUCAAGGGAAAGCACACCGAUGACCGGCCCUUCGAAUGUGAUACAUGCCAUAAAACAUACUCCAGGAAGGAUGAACUGAAUCAGCACCGUUAG